AUCGCAAACACCUUUCGUCCAUCGAUCACCCUCUCACUCACCAAACCUUCAUCCAUCAUCCACCCACCCCAUCCACACCAGCACAAAGCCAAGGGCUUCCAAACAAACAAAACUUUGCAAUGCCUCUUUCCUUCACCAAAUUCCAGGUCGACGUCGAACCGGGAAUGAGCGCCCGCCACAGCCAGAUCACCAUUGAGAGAAACCGGACUCCAACCCCCAACCCCAGGGUGGUGAUCUGCUCUCCCCCACCACCUCCACCACCCUCCUACCCACCGUCGGUAACCCAAUACACGCCCUACCCAGAAACGCAAGUUAUUCUUGCGGCGCCACAAGAGCAGGAUCCAGAGCCAAGGCCGGCAAUACUAAACAUCAACAUCGGCCAAGCCGCUUCCGAUAUCGCAGAGAAGAUGGCGACAGAGAACAUGUGGAGGAAUCAGGUGGCUGUGCUCGAGGGCUCGUUGGAGGAGGAACGGAGGGCGAGGAGUAAGGAGGCGAGCGCAAGGUAUCAAAGAGAGAUUGAAGGUAUUUACGAGGCGCGAGAGGCAAGGCGCCAGUUGAGGUCUGGGGGAGAGCAUAGGAAAUCGAGGUCUACCGAGAUCUCGGUGGAGCAUAGGGAGGAGGCGGCGAGACAGAGGAUCUCGCGCCAGUAUCUCCAGCGCCGAUCGAGUUCCCUGAGUAGACUUGCCUCCAGCGAUGGGUUGUUGCUCGCGCCAGAGCACUCAAACCCCCGCCAUUCCGACGGCAGACUGUCCAUCACCCAUACCCAUACGAGAUAUCACGCUCAUGAAACUAGAUACCACGAUUGCUCCUACUGCAACCGUCGUGGCCACAGAUCUUACGAGUGCCCGGAGCGCGAAUCAGAGGUCAUCCGGGUUCCCGUUGGGCGAGUGAGGUACUGGCGUGUAUAAGUUGGUAUUGAAAUCUCGGGCAAUGGUAAUAUGGAGGGUGGUAUUUUUAUUUUUAUUUUUUAUUUUUUUCUAUCUUUCUUUCUCCACAAAUAAACUUUUGCUUCUGUUUUCAUGACAAAAUCUAGUCAUGAGUUUUUUUUUAUUUUUAUCCUUUUCAUCCGGUCCAUGGUUUUUACAUGCAGCGGUAGUUUGGUUUCUUGGGGUUAUUUUCUUUUUCUUUCUUUCUCCUAAGGUUUCUUUCUCCUAAGGUUGGAUAAACAUUUUUAGGUUUUGCUCUAUUCAGUUUUUCCGCAAAUUCAAGUUUUUUGAUUUUUUCUUCUUCCAUUUCCACUGUGUAGAUUGUGUACCGUAAUACCAUACCUCCCGCACUGUGCAGUAGCGGUACUGCACUAGUACUGCACGAGUACUGUACUUGUACUCGUACUCGAGUACAGUGCAAUGCCGCCUUUGGCAAAAAAAUAAAAAAUAAAAAAUAAAAACAA